AUGCCGCCUAUGAACAAACAUGCACCCAUCUCCACCACAUACUUCAAUGGAGAAUGGAAAAGUUUUUUGGCCAGCACCCUUGUGCUCAGGAAGAAUUUUUGUUUCUCUCCUGAGGUGGCAAGGCAGUCUGGUAGCCAUAAUGACACAAUAAUUCAGACACUUAUGGCAUACCUAAUCACUUGA